AGAGAAAAUGAGACAUGUGAAGAGCGUGAAACACGUCUUGCCCUUGAUCGGGAGAAUAAACGUCGGAAAAGAGCAAUAGAAACUAUUGAAGAGCGUGAAGCGUGGCUCGCACGUGAUCGUGACAGAAAACAAAAAAAAAGGGCAUUAGAGACUAAUGAACAACACGAAGAACACCUGAAAUAUUAUCGUACUUACCAUGAAAAAAACAGUCAACCAAAUUCAAGCUCAACUGAAACGCAGUUGAAUUAA